AUGAAAGUUCGAAAUGAUAUGAAUGGUAUAAAUGCUACGUUCAUUGCUCUGAUCCCCAAAACGGAUAGCCCUCAACGGUUGAACGAUUUUCGGCCUAUUUCGCUUGUGGGAUGCCUUUAUAAAAUUUUGGCGAAGGUUUUAGCUAAUAGGUUGCGGCAAGUGAUUGGAAGUGUAAUAUCUGAGUCCCAGACUGCGUUUGUGAAGAAUAGACAAAUUCUUGAUGGUAUCCUAAUUGCAAACGAGAUAGUUGAUGAGGCGCGUAAGUAUAAAAAGGACCUUAUGUUAUUCAAGGUGGAUUUUGAGAAAGCUUAUGAUUCGGUGGAUUGGGGGUACCUUGACGACGUCAUGGGGAGAAUGUCGUUUCCAACGUUGUGGAGAAAGUGGAUUAGGGAGUGUGUUUGUACGGCUACAGCUUCUGUGUUAGUUAAUGGUAGUCCGACCGAUGAAUUUUCUCUUCGUCGAGGUCUUCGACAGGGUGAUCCGCUCUCUCCUUUCCUUUUUCUUUUGGCGGCAGAGGGUCUCAAUGUGCUUAUGGAAGCAAUGGUAGCGCGUAAUUUGUUUACGGGAUAUAGUAUUGGUGGACAGGAGUCGAUUAGGGUGUCUCAUCUUCAGUUCGCUGAUGAUACUCUCUUGUUGGGGGUUAGAAGUUGGGCAAAUGUUAGGGCUCUUCGGGCUGUUUUAGUGCUGUUUGAGACUAUGUCGGGGUUGAAAGUCAAUUUUAAUAAGAGCUUAUUGGUUGGCGUUAAUAUUUCUGAUUCUUGGUUAAGGGAAGCUGCGUCUGUCCUGUGUUGUAAAGUGGGAAAGAUUCCUUUCCUUUACCUGGGUCUUCAGAUUGGGGGGGAUCCGCGGCGUUUGAUGUUUUGGGAACCGGUGUUGUCUCGCAUAAAGAAUAGAUUGUCUGGGUGGAAAAGUCGCUUCUUGUCGUUUGGUGGUCGUCUGGAGUCUGGAGGUUUGGGGGUUAGACAGUUGCGCGAGUUCAACCUUGCGUUGUUGGGAAAGUGGUGUUGGAGGAUGUUGGUGGACAGAGAGGGCCUGUGGUUUAGAGUUUUGGCAGCUCGGUAUGGGUUUGAGGAGGGUAGACUUUGUGAGGGUGGUCAGCGAGGUUCGGUGUGGUGGAGGGAGAUAGCGCGUAUUAGAGAGGGUGAGGGUGAGUUAGGUGGUAGGUGGUUUAGGGAGCAUGUUGUGAAGAGGGUGGGGGAUGGCUCAGAUACUCUUUUCUGGACCGAUCCUUGGCUGGAUGAGAUCUCGUUGAGGGAGCGGUUUGGUCGCCUUUUUGCGUUGGCUGAGACCAAAUCGUGCUCAGUCGCGGAGAUGUUUGCUUUAGGGUGGGGGACAGAUGGAGAGGCGUGGGUGUGGCGGAGGAGGUUGAGGGCGUGGGAGGAGGAGUUGUUGAGGGAGUGUCAACUUUUCCUUCUUGACAUUUCUUUGCAGGAUCAGACUUCGGACAGGUGGCAGUGGAGCCCAGAUCCUGACACAGGUUAUACUGUUGCGGGAGGUUAUCAGAUCUUGACUCAUCAGGCUUCAGUUGCUUUACAUGAUGCGGAAAACCUUAUAUGGCACCCUCAGGUCCCGUUGAAGGUUUCCAUUUUUGCGUGGCGUUUAUUGCGGGAUAGGCUGCCCACGAGAGCCAACCUAGUCAGUCGUGGUGUUUUGUCUUCUACCGCUGAUGCUUGUGUUUUUGGCUGUGGAGUGACUGAGUCGGCCCAUCAUUUAUUUUUAUCUUGUAGCACUGUUGGCUCUUUAUGGGAUUUGGUCCGUGCGUGGGUUGGCAUUUCACCGAUGGAUUUUACUACUUUGCGCGAUCAUUUUGUCCAGUUCACAGUUUCCGCAGGUGCAUCUCGAGCUCGACGGUCUUUUCUGCAGCUUCUUUGGCUAGUUUGUGUUUGGGUGAUAUGGACAGAGAGAAAUCAUCGUUUGUUCAAGGGCUCAACAGACACACCUCAUCUCUUGUUGGAUAAGAUCAAGCUAUUCUCCUUUAGGUGGUUGAAGUCGACGAGCAUUACGUUAGCUUCGAACUACCAUAGCUGGUGGUCUGAUCCAUUGUUGUGUUUGGGUCUUGUAUGA